AAACUUUCGAAAACAACAGCGCGAAAAUAAAACACGGCAGUUAAAACCGUAUUUUUUAGACUUUAAAUACGUAUGUCAUCGCGUUUCUGUCUAAUUACCAUUUCACUUGUAUUUUUUCUUCACAAGCGUUUACUGUUGCUUGGGUAAUUUAGUAUAACUUACGUCCACGACAUGAAGCCUGUGAGAGGUUCCAGUCGAGCCCCGUUAAAAGCUCCAAAUCGGAAAAACAAAUCAAAAAAGCCUCGAGAAGGAAAACCGAAUCAGGAGCAAGGUGAUGAUAACCACCUAAAACCAGCUCACAAGAGAAGAGGAGUAACACAUCCAGUCUCCAAGAAGACGAGACUUCAGAACAACUGUAUGGCGAUGCCGGGCUCCGCCAUCACUGCUGUUGAGAACAUACUGGACAUGGCCAUACUAACAAGUCUUUCUUUGAGCCGGACGAAGAAGAAAGAGAUCCAGGAACAUCUGAAUAUGAUGAAAAAUAAGUUUUUGGCUCAGUGUGCAGAGCUUAAAGUACCAGUGCGGAAACGGAAAGGCAUAGUGAAUGUAUUUCAACGCCACCGAGAAGAGACAGAGAAGUUAGCGAUUGGAAAAAAGACUCUGAGGUCCCUAGAGGAAGACUUGAAGGCUGUCUGCGGUGCACUGGAGAGGACGGAGGAGCAGAUUACUUCUUUACAGCACACGUGCAGUAUGUUGAAAAAUGAGUUGGAGGACGAAGAGGAAAAGGCUAAACAGAUUUUGAAAUUGACAGAUCAAACUGUUCUCAAACUCCUCCCCUUUCCCUCCACACAACAGUGAGACAUUGGAGGUGAGCACGAGUCCUGCACAGAACACACUUUAACAAUACCUAUUAUGUGCUUGAGUUAGGUGUACUUAUUGCACAAUAGCUUCGUUUCGUUCGUUAGCUUCGUUCAUUUUUCUUUGGUGAAAAAGUUGUGAAAAUGUUCACUUCCUCUGCAUUUACCAGGAAAAUGUACACAUGUUUUGUAUGUGGCAAUGUCUGUGUGUUGUAAUCUUUUUAAAUCCUUUAUGUAAACUAAGCACUUGUACUGUAUUGCACAUGAAAUGUGCUAUACAAGUAAACUUGCCUUUUUAUUACUUUUAAACUAUGAAUUCUGACUUAUUAAAAUUUACAUUGCUAUUUUAAUUAGGUUU